CUUUUCGGCCGCCAUGUUAGCUAAAGGUUCUUCACCGAAACUGAGGAAAGCCGUUGUGGGAGCCAGUGCUUGGAGCUGUGUGGGGGAGCGCGGGUGAGCUCGGAGCCUGGCAAUGACAAAAUCUCACUUGUGACCUGUCUGACCUGGAACUCUGGAACUUUGUAGACCAGUGUGGUCUGGAAAUCACAGCAGUCUGCCUGUCUCUGCCUUUUGAGUCUGUGCAACACCACACCCAGUCUGCCAGGAACUUUCAGGGAGGACUAACUGAGGUGAGAAGACCCUGUCACCGUCGUAGAGUAGGUGGCACUUUGAGAAGUCCAAAGAAGGAGCAGUGUUCCUUCCCUGCUUGCCUGACUUCUUGCUGGUGAGUGCAUCUGUCUUGCCACCGCUGCCACCGCCACCGCGUCAUCCUUCCCUGACACUGGAGUCAGCUUCUUGGGCCUUCCGGUGUGGACUGAAGACCACUGAAGAAGCUCUCCCGGUGUCUUCUGAGCCCUCAGUGCCAGGUUGAAGCUCCUGAGUCUUCCAGCCUUCGUGGAUGGAGCCUCUUCAUCAUGGAGACAGCCAUUGUUGGACUCUCCAGGCCUGAUCAGGGUUUGGUGAGCUUUGAGGAUCUGGUGGUGCACUUCACCCAGGAUGAGUGGGAUUUGCUGGCUCCUUCCCAGAAGACUCUCUACGGAGAUGUGAUGCUGGAGACCUUCAGGAACUUCACUGAUACAGGAUGUGAAUGGGAAGACCAGAAAAUUGAAGACCAUUUUGAAGAGCCUGAAAUAAAUCUAAGGAACAUCGUCACUCACUCUGAAUACACACAGUAUGAACACGAGGAAUAUGAAGAGAAGCCACCUGAUUCUAAUUUUCUCACAAGUGUUGAAGGCUACAUGGAAACUCACACUGUGAAUGGGCCUUCUGAGUGUGAGGUAUGUUUAAAAUCCUAUGGACUAUACCACCUAACUUACAAUGGCCAUCACAACUAUGAGUACAAAGAGUGUGUAGGAAGCCAACCUGUACGAAAAAGUUAUGAAUGUAACCAGUGUGGUAAAACUCUGAGUUCUUACAAUUCUCUUCAAAGACAUCAGAAAAUUCAUAUUGAAGAAAGACCGUAUAAAUGUCAACAGUGUACUAAGGCCUUCAGAUGUCUCAACGCCCUUCAAUCACAUGAAAGAAUUCAUACUGGAGAGAAACCUUAUGAAUGUAAGCACUGUGGUACAGCUUUUAGCAGACUUACUCACUUGCGAUUACAUGAGAAAGUUCAUACUGGAGAAAAACACUAUGAAUGUAAACAAUGUAAUAUCGUUUUUAAAUCUCAGAGUUCCUAUCAUAGACAUAAGAUAAUGCAUGGAGAGACAUUCUAUAAUUGUAAAGAGUGUGGUAAGUCCUUCAUUUAUCCCUCUUUACUUCAAAUGCAUGAAAGAACUCACACAGGUGAAAAACCCUAUGAAUGUAAACUAUGUGGUAAGACUUUUAGAUAUCAUUCUUCCAUUCGAUUACAUGAAAGAACUCAUACGGGAGAAAAACCCUAUGAAUGUAAACACUGUGGAAAAGCCUUUACACGUCAGAGUUAUCUUCAGUUUCAUGAGCGAAGCCACACUGGAGAGAAACCCUAUGAAUGUAAAGAAUGUGGUAAAGCCUUUAGACAUCACUCCUACCUUCGGUUACAUGAAAGAAGACAUACUGGGGAGAAGCCGUACCAGUGCGGACAGUGUGGCAGAUCCUUCAGCCGGCAGAGUUCCUUUAAGAGACAUCAGUCAGUUCAUGCUGUGGAAAACCCCUAUAAAUGUCAACAAUAUCUGAUUCCUUUAUCUCUGUUUCCUUCAAAUGCAUGAACGGAUUUACACCAGUACCAAACCUUAUGUAUGUGAACAAUGUGAUAAAACUCUUAUCCUUAUUCACAGAGGACACAUGUAAGAACUCAAAAUAGUUAUGAACCUAACAUAGUAUAGCCUUCAGGGGUCACGGACUGUAGAACCCCACCCCCCAGAAGUAGUUACCAAAGAUGGUAUCUUCUGCCCUUCAACUUCCAUACAAAUUGGUGGAGAUCAUGUAGCUGAGGGAGAAGUAAUGAAGGAGAAAGGCCAGAAAAGAGAGGCUGUGAGCCACAGCAAUUUAACUCCAGAGCCCUAUAACCAAGAAGGCUAGCACAUGGACUCUGAUGGAUCAUCUUGAGGUUAUAGAACCUCUUCUAGCCAACCUAGGAAACCAUUCCCUACAAUCACUAGAAGAUAGGUCUCCCCUUUGAAUGAACUCUUGCCAUUUUAAGUGAAAACCCAUGGACUCAAAACAGUGUUCUUGAGACACAUGCUUGAAUCUACUUCUAUUCUGUGGAAUGUAUUCUAUGCUGUUACUCUCAAGUUCAAUAAAUCUACAUAUACUGUUAGUAUUACCACUUAUUACUUAGUACUCAUUUCUUUGAAAUAACCUUCAUAUCAUGUCCUGCUUCCCUCCCACCACACUUCUGGGUAACAGAAAGGUGUUUGUAGUUAAUUUGAAGCUUUUAAUUAUAUUUCUCCUUUAUUGUUUGAGAAUUUUAUAUAUGUAUACAUUGUGUUAUUGUGUUUUGAUUAAAUCCUAUCCCAUUCAAUCCUC